AUGAUACAGUCAGACAAAGAAACAGAACCGCCAAAGAGGGACAUGGAGAUCUCUACGGCAACCAACUCGAAGAACGGCCUUUCUCAAAUCCUGAGGCUUGUGCUGCAGCAGCUGGGCCUGUUCUACAGCCGAGAUGUGAAUGGAGUGUGUCUCCUGUAUGAUCUCCUCCACUCCCCAUGGCUGCUGGCUCUGCUAAAGGUUUAUGACUGCCUCCAGGAAUUUAAAGAAAAUCAACCAGUUCCUGCUACAGUCCAUGCACAGGUGUUAUCUUCUGAGGUAAUGGAGGUAUUAUGUGAAACUCCUAAUGCCCCUGAGAUCAAUGAGCUGAGACAAAUCCUGGAGGGUCCACACUUUAAGGCCUUGCUCAGUGCCCAUGACACUGUAGCUCAGAAAGAUUUUGAACCCUUACUGCCCCCACUCCCAGACACUAUCUCUGAAAGUGAGGAAGCAAUGAGGAUUGUUUGCUUGGUGAAAAAUCAACAGCCCCUGGGAGCCACCAUCAAGCGCCAUGAGAUGACAGGGGAUAUCCUGGUGGCCAGGGUCAUCCACGGUGGGCUGGCUGAGAGGAGUGGGUUGUUAUAUGCUGGAGACAAACUGGUAGAAGUAAAUGGAGUUUCAGUUGAAGGACUAGACCCUGAGCAAGUGAUCCAUAUUCUGACCAUGUCUUGUGGCACAAUCAUGUUCAAGGUGGUUCCAGUUUCUGACCCUCCUGUUAAUAGCCAGAAGAUGGUGUACGUUCGUGCCAUGACUGAGUACUGGCCCCAGGAGGAUCCCUCCAUUCCCUGUGUAGAUGCUGGGUUGCCUUUCCAGAAGGGAGACAUUCUUCAGAUUGUGGACCAGAAUGAUGCCCUCUGGUGGCAGGCCCGGAGAAUCUCAGACCUUGGUACCUGUGCCGGGCUAAUCCCUUCUAACCACCUUUUGAAGAGAAAGCAACGGGAAUUCUGGUGGUCUCAGCCUUACCAGCCCCAUUGCUGCCUCAAAUCAACUUUAUUGAGUUCUAUGGAAGAAGAAGAUGACAUGAAGAUUGAUGAGAAAUGUGUGGAAGCAGAUGAAGAAACAUUUGAGUCUGAGGAGCUUUCAGAAGACAAGGAGGAAUUUAUUGACUAUGGUCAGAAGUUCUAUAUUGCUGGCUUCCGCCGCAGCAUGCGCCUCUGUCGCAGGAAGUCUCACCUCAGCCAUCUGCACAGCAGUGUGGGCUGCACCAGCAGCUGCUAUGGUGUGGUGGGCGCCCCUUAUGAGGAGGUGGUGAAGUACCAGCGAUGUCCCUCAGACAAGCACCGCCUGAUAGUGCUCGUGGGACCUUCUGGCGUUGGAGUCAAUGAACUGAGAAGACAACUCAUUGAAAUCAAUCCCAGCCAUUUUCAAAGUGCUGUGCCACACACUACUCGCCCCAAAAAGAGUUAUGAAAUGAAUGGGCGUGAGUAUCAUUAUGUGUCAAAGGAAACAUUUGAAAGCCUCAUGCAUAGCCACAGGAUGCUGGAGUAUGGUGAGUACAAAGGCCACCUGUAUGGCACUAGUGUGGAUUCUGUUCAAGCAGUUCUUGAUGAAGGCAAAGUCUGCGUCAUGGACUUAGAGCCUCAGGGUAUUCAAGUGGCUCGAACCCAAGAACUGAAGCCUUAUGUCAUAUUUGUAAAGCCAUCUAACUUCACUUGUAUGAAGCAGUCUCGGAAAAAUGCCAAGAUCAUCACAGACUACUUUGUAGAAAGGAAGUUCAAGGAUGAAGACCUACAAGAGAUGGAGGAGUUAGCCCAAAAAAUGGAGACACAGUUUGGCCAGUAUUUUGAUCAAGUGAUUAUGAAUGACAACUUGCAAGAUGCAUGUGUCCAGUUGUUGUCAGUAGUGAGGAAGGCUCAGGAAGAGCCUCAGUGGGUCCCAGCAACGUGGAUUGCUUCUGCUACUGAGUCUUAG